AUGGGGAACCGGGAGGCCCUGAACCAAGUCAUCUGUGAAGAGAUGAGCAAGGACUUCAGUAGCGAAUACAAUCCUGGAGACCUGAUUGAGAUUUUCCGUGUUGGCUACCAGCACUGGGCGCUCUACGUGGGAGGUGGCUACGUGAUCCAUCUGGCUCCUCUAACUGACUCCAUCAUGAUCGCCUCCGGUAUGACUGUCAGGGGGGAGGUGAAAAAGGAGCUCCUGACCGAUGUGGCCAGGAACUGUCACUAUCGGGUCAACAACAAGUUGGACGAGGAUCACCCACCACGGCCCAUGAGGGAGAUUGUCCGUGCCGCCCAUAAGAGGCUUGGUGAGAAGGCAGAGUACAAUGUUCUGAGGAAGAACUGUGAGCACUUUGUCACCGAACUGAGAUACGGCGAGCCUACAAGCCGGCAGGUUGAAAACGCCGCAAUGGGAGCAGGGCUGGUGUCAGCCUUAGGUGCGGCUGCUAUUGGAGCAGCCACCCUUGCUAAUUCUAUAAUGAGGAACUGA